UCUCUCACUCUCUCUCUCUUUUUCGUUAUAUAUAAAUAAUUUUUGUUCUUUUCUCUCUCAAUGGAAGAGAAAACUUUAGCCUCACUAUCUCGCCUUGAUUUGGACAAUGAAGUAACACCUGAGAGAAACAAUGAAUCGGGUACAUGGUGGACAGAUGAAGACACCGAUAAUCCUGAAGAUAUGUUCCUAGUGGAAAACAAAGAUGGACAAACGGUUUUCUUAUUGGUCAAGGAUAACAAAAUUCACGAGAAAGAUUGUGUUACCGGUGAUGUUUACAUUAUCCAUGAUUUAGGAGUAAUUACAAAUUUAAUUCUACCAGGUGAAGAAGAAGGCGGAAAAUCAUCAACCGAUUGUCUAGAGAUAAAAUUAACCUUUGACUCUCGAGUUGAAAGUAAACCUGAAGCGAGUUACACAUUUGAAGAUGUUCAAUCAUUUAACCUUUUUAAGGAUCGAUUUAUUCAACCUGCAAUUAACCGUCAAGAUAAACUAGUCUCAUCUUACCAGCAAGAAGGAUUACCAAAGAGAGAGAUUGAAAAAUCUAAUCUAGAUAAAAUUUACAGAUAUGUUGAAAAGCUUCCCAGUGUUAGACUUGUUCAACAGGGUAAAAGUGAUUCGAUUGAUAAUAAAUUAUCAGGUGAAAGGAAAAUUCAAAAUGCUUGGUGGACCAAAGAGGACGUUGAGAAUCCUGAUGAUAUGUACCUGGUGGAAAAUAAAGAGGGUAAAACGGUUUUCCUUUUUGUCAAAGAUAAUAUUAUCCAUGAGAAGGACAGUGUUACCGGAGAUGUUUGGAUUAAUCAUGAUUUAGGAGUGAUUACAAAUGCUAUUUUCCCGGAUAAUGGUAGUAAAAGUUUGGAGAUAAAAUUAUCAUUCGAUUCGCGGGUUCAAAGUAAAAAAGAGGCUCGAUACUCGUUUGAAAAUCAAUCUUCAUUCAAACUGUUUAAGGAGCAAUUUGUUCAACCAGCAAUUAAUCGUAGAGCGAAACAAUUGUCACAAGGAAAACGGAAAUUUGAAUGUUUAAAAUGCGGUUUCUCAGAGAUUGCAAGUCAAUCUCACGAAAAGAACAAUUCUUGUCCCCAAUGUUCAAGUAUCUUCACCUUUUUCACCAAUGAUCGUUAAUUUCCAUCAUCAAAUCAUCAUCAUUAUCAUCGUAUUAUAAUCACCAAUCACAUAUAUACACACACAAUUAAUCAUCGUCUAAAUUUCUAAUCAUCAUAUAGCUUUUAUUUUCUGCUUUACCAAACCAAUUUUUAUUUCGUUUCCAUAUUGUAUUAUUUUCCCAAUCGUUAUGGUCUAAUUUUAAGACUAAUUUUCAAAUGUUUAUAUUACAAAUAAUUGUAUUAGUUUAAUUGAAAGAGUUGCAAACUAAAUUAUACAACUGUGAUUGCAAAUUUAAACAGAAAUCAUUUACCUGAGGAUCAUGAGGAUCAGAAAUGAUUUACAAUCCUUUAACAAUUAACUUUGAUGAGAUGAAGUUUCUUUCUAAUUAUCAUGAUUGCCUGAAACCAGAAGAAGGGCCAAUCCAAGGAUCCAAUUGAAUUGAAACAAUUAAACAGAGAAAUAAAUUGUACACGAAAUGUAAUCAAGUUA